CCGCCGCUACCUGGCGUAUCGAACGCGGGUCCUCGCCCUUUCACAGCCUCCUCUGGUCAUUUGGUCCCCGGGGCCCCCUGCCCUGCGUCCCCUCCCCCCUUCCCGCGCGUCCUCCCACUCUUCCCCUCCCCCGGCUCCCCAGCCUCCCAUUCAUUCCGUCGGCUCCCUCCUCUCUCCUCCUUCCCGCUCUGGCCCCUCUAUCCCAGAUCCUCCCCGCGCGGACCCCGCUGCAGUCUCGGGGUUUUUAGCACAUUCAUGGAAGUUUAGGGCCUGGACGUGCCCCCAAGUCCGCCUGUAGAGCGCAGCCCGAGCUGCCGGCCGGGAAGAGGAAGAUGUCUGUGCUCAGGCGGAUGAUGCGGGUCUCCAAUCGCUCCCUCCUCGCCUUCAUCUUCUUCUUCUCCCUCUCCUCGUCUUGCCUCUACUUCAUCUAUGUGGCUCCGGGCAUCGCCAACACAUAUCUCUUUAUGGUACAAGCUCGAGGAAUAAUGUUGAGAGAGAAUGUAAAAACAAUAGGACAUAUGAUCAGGCUGUACACAAAUAAAAACACUACACUCAAUGGUACAGAUUAUCCUGAAGGCAAUAAUUCAAGUGAUUAUCUUGUUCAAGCAACAACGUAUCUUCCGAGAAACUUCACAUAUUCGCCAUACCUCCCCUGCCCCGAAAAGCUGCCUUACAUGCGGGGAUUCCUCAAUGUCAAUGUAAGUGAAGUCAGUUUUGAUGAAAUUCAUCACCUCUUCUCCAAGGAUUUAGAUAUUGAGCCAGGAGGUCACUGGAGGCCUAAAGACUGUAAACCCAGGUGGAAGGUGGCAGUUCUCAUUCCUUUCCGUAAUCGCCAUGAACAUCUUCCAAUUUUUUUCUUGCAUCUGAUUCCAAUGCUCCAAAAACAGCGGCUGGAAUUUGCCUUUUAUGUCAUUGAACAGACUGGCACACAGCCUUUUAACCGUGCAAUGCUCUUCAAUGUGGGCUUCAAAGAGGCCAUGAAAGACAGUGUCUGGGACUGUGUAAUCUUCCACGAUGUGGAUCAUCUACCUGAAAAUGACCGAAACUAUUACGGAUGUGGAGAAAUGCCACGUCACUUUGCAGCCAAGCUGGAUAAAUACAUGUAUAUUCUUCCUUAUAAAGAGUUUUUUGGCGGCGUAAGUGGACUGACAGUGGAACAGUUCAGAAAGAUCAAUGGUUUUCCUAACGCCUUCUGGGGAUGGGGAGGAGAAGACGAUGACCUCUGGAACAGGGUUCACUAUGCUGGAUAUAAUGUAACAAGACCAGAGGGGGACCUGGGAAAAUACAAGUCUAUUCCUCAUCACCAUCGAGGUGAAGUCCAGUUCUUAGGACGGUAUAAAUUACUAAGAUACUCAAAAGAGCGCCAGUACAUCGAUGGGUUGAACAAUUUAGUAUAUACGCCAAAAAUACUGGUUGAUAGGUUGUAUACAAAUAUAUCUGUAAACCUCAUGCCAGAGUUAGCUCCAGUUGAAGACUAUUAAAAGAAGUAACUCUCCUGGCAAGAGAGACCACAGUGCUGGAUCGGGGACUUGGAGUGCACUCUUAAUGGAGGUCAGUGAAUGGAUGUGCCACAGUGCCCUGGGUGGUGAGAAGAAGAGCCUGUGUUCUCAGUGUUUACUUGUGGGAUUGUAUACAGUCACCCUUCUUCCACCCACCCAUCCUCUAUCCUGAGACACACCCCAUGGUGAGCACUGCAGAGACCAGAUGCUGUUGCUUAAGUCUGGCAGUCAAGAGAGCUCCCUACAAAGAGAAAAUUUUUAUACUAAGAUCUAUAAUUUAAUUCAAGAGAAUGCUUUAUUUCCAUUUAAACAUAUUUUGUACAUAUGUGAUAUAAAUUAAUGUGUUCAAAUUGCUGAGAAACAAGAUGUGUUGGCAGUUUUGCAUGUAAUGGGUUAUGCCUUUAUGGGACUUUUAUAAACAUUUUUUUAUUUGCAUGGAAUAAAACAAUGUAAGUUUAUGUCAGUAAACAAAGGUUAACCUUGUGUGAAAUGAAGGAACUGUCAAUAAUUGACAGCCAACUAAUACAGUCACUGUUAUACUAGUUUUGAGCUUUAUACCGUCAGCUUUUUGUGUGGAUGAAAUCACAGCUUCCUUAGGGUUUUAAAGGGUAAGAAGAAGGGACUUAGCUUUUCUUCCUACGGAGGAUUACCUCUUUCUUCCCCCCUUGCUUGCAAUCUCAUCGGAUUUUGCUAAACCACAACCAUAUUGUUUGUGUAUAUUGCAUGAGUAUUACCAAGAAAAUCUUAAAAGUUAUGAUGUGACAUGAUUUAAAGGACCUCUUUAUGUUAAACGUCUCUCAUGUACCUCUGGUGUAAGUGUCAGGGAUUUUGUGCCUCAAAAAAUGUUCCCAAGGUUGCGUGUGGUUGUACACUGUAUUUUUUUGAAUUCAUAGUGAGCAGUGCUUUUAUUAUUUCUAGUUCAGAAGAGCCAAAAAAAAAAAA